AUGACCGCAACGGAUAGCCGCGGAGCGUACAUGAAUCAGGAACCUUACGCCAGAGAGUCUUGGACGCUGAGAGCGACAGGUGAUGAUGUCCUCACACGGGUGUUGGAGGUGUUCCAACAGGGCCAGCUGCCGAGCUGUUUCUUUCAUCAGACACUUGAGUACGCUACCCUGGCAGUUCGAGAAGCCCUGGCAGAGGACGAAGAUGGCUUAGCGAACGACUUGCCCUCUGCCAUAUCGCUACCGUCCUCUGACCUUCCUGUAAACCCUGUGCGCUCUCAGCCGGGGAGCAUCAACGAAAGGCUGCGAACUUUGCAGCUACGAGGCCUGAUGCCACCAGACAGUUGUUCGUGGGGCCCGCAAUUACGAAGUUGUGGCGGAUCGCAGAGCUGGGACCUGACCUUCUGGUGCGCGUAUGACUUCCUCCUGCGGCAUCGUCCGAUGUUCUUCCGCACGAUUGGAACCUUGGAAGAGUCCUACUUGAAGGGCAUUCGAGAAUUGCGAGCAGGUCGUGCUGUUGCAAUCUCCGAGCUGCAGCGUUGUCAGAGCAUGGAGAUGGAGAAGGUUCGGCAAGAGAAAGAGGAGGAUGGCAAUGCUCCAGUGGACAUUCACGUUCUGGUCGGGCAGCACGUGAGUGAGAUUGAUGCGUUGGAGUUGCACUGGCAGAGUGAGAUCGAGCAACUAAAGGCAAAGCAGAAAGCAUCCUACAGGGAGCUGGUCGUCGAUUUCUUCCAGCGGGAGAUGGAGAUGGCAAAGCUUGAAGAAACCGGCUUGGCUCAGGAGGAUGAGGUACACUCCGAACCCAAUUUGCUCAUGCAGCUUGCACGCCCAUUGCGACCCGAACCACUGGCGCCUGAGGAAACCAACCCCACCAGUGAAGAGGAACCCCAUGUAGUCCUGCCAGAAGGGAGCCGCCUCACGCAAAUCUGCGAGGUGCGCACAGUUUUCGGACGUCAGGCCUUCUUCGUGCUGCGCCUCUGGAUCGGUGAUGUCAUGGACUUUGCAGGAGGUGCCGCAGAGACAGAAGUCCCAACAGCAGAUGACGGUGACGGUGCUGGCCCGCAACUACCAAAAGCUUUCCUGGGCAUAGACAGCUACGGGCGUCAGGAUUCAUUUGUUGCAGGCAGCGUUUUCGCCAGCCACGAGCCAGGCGGUUUGCCAAGGAUCCAGGCUGCGUGGACGAAAACUCGCGCUCUGCCAAACCAUGUCGUUCGGGGACAGUUCGGAGGCAUUCCUUUCUUUCGCUCUGCUUCGCUGCGAUUUUGGGAAGCACCAAGAUUGCCGCCGCCGGUCGCGUUGUCCCCAAACGCCUACUCAGACAAGCUCCGCGGGAUUGUGAUCCCGACGCUGGAACACUUGAAAUUCGAGACUUCUCAGGCAUCGAUGCUGCGAGAGUUUGCUAUGCGCUGUGCUCGGGUUAGCGAUUUUCACUUCAGCCCUCUGAGUGAGCAGCUUCAAGCCAUCAAGGAACAGGAACUUUCGAGUUCUGGGCCUUUGCGUGCUGGCGACUACUUCUGCACCCGACACUCGAACCUCGGGGGUCAGGUACAGGCUGCUUUUCAUCUCCUGGUGGCCGCGCCGUUGGCCAGCGCCCCGGCCGACGAAGUAGCAGCUCCGGUUCAUCGGGCCUUGAAACGCAUGCUCUGGGAUUGCCAUCGCUGCCGCGUCUCCGAGCUUACAAUCCCUCUUCUUCUCCUUGACAUCGGGACCUUUGAAACCUCCUUGCCUUAUGCUGUUGCACAGCGACGGGCAGAGAAUUCUCUUCGAGCAUUGAAAGGAGCAUUGACGGCCUUGACAGAUGACCUGUCGCCCUCGGAGUUGCCAGGCCUGGAGUUGAUCAACCUGGUGCUGCCACUUUCGUGCUCGCAGAGCAUCAGUAGCAACAUGCCGUCCGUGGCCAGCACGACGCAGACUUUCUUGAGGCACUCUUUCCAGUGCGUGUGA